UGCUUCAGCUAUUCAAGAUAAUAUGUUCUAAUGUCCACCACUUUGGAAUUUGGCCGAUGGUCAGGUCACUUCCUGUUUGGUAUAAAUAAGAAACUGUGUUUACAGAUGGGUCCUUGGUAAUUUCCUGUAAUUAAGCAUACAUCGCUUUUAGUCAGUCAGUCUUCUGAAGGCAAUUUUUGCCAUCCAAGAUACAGAUGCAUAAUACCCUAGAGAAUUGAUGUUAUGUAUUCAUAUGGGGAAUAGUUUUUGCAUGCGCUUUCACUAUACGUUCAACUAAUUGCAUAAUGUAUGCCAAUUAAAUGAAUCUAUACUGAACACAAAUAUAAACACAACAUGUAAAGUGUUGGUCCCGUGAGCUGAAAUGAAAGAUCCCAGAAAUGUUCCAUACGCACAAAGCUUAUUUCUCUCAAAUUUUGGGCACAAAUGUGUUUUUAAUCCCUGUUAGUGAGCAUUUCUCCUUUGCCAAAAUAAUUCAUCCACCUGGCAGGUGUGGCAUAUAAAGAAGCUGAUUAAACAGCAUGAUAAUUACACAGUUGCACCUUGUGCUGGGGUCAAUAAAAGGCCAUUAAAAAUGUGCAGUUUUGUCACACAACACAAUGCCACAGAUGUCUCACGUUUUGAGGAAGCGUACAAUUGGAAUCCUGACUGCAGGAAUGUCCACACGAGCCGUUGCCAGUUCAUUUCUCUACCAUAAGCCGCCUCAGAUGUUGUUUUGGAGAGAGAGUGUGGGCGAGUGGUUUGCAGAUGUCAAAGUUGUGAACAGAGUGCCCCAUGGUGGCAGUAGGGUUAUGGUAUGGACAGGCAUAAAGCUACGGACAACGAACACAGUUGCAUUUUAUCGAUAGCAAUUUAAAUGCACAAAAAUACUGUGAUGAAAUCCUGAGGUCCACUGUGAGGAUCAUUUUUUAAAGGAAUAUGUGAGGGAAGAGGGAUAUGUACUGUAUGCAAUGUCCACUAUGCAUUGUGAUAAUUCUACGUAUUUAAUUCACGAUAUUACUAAUUUAUAAUUUCAUCUUCACAUUUUCAUUAUUUUUAAUUGUCUUUGUGUAUCUGUGCACUGUGAAAUUUGAGUGUUACAUUAGAGAGUACUGUAGUGUGUAUUGCGAGGCUAUUUGCCUCCCUUCUGACUCACAGUAUUAACCAUUUGAUGACAUGCUGGGGAAUUUGGCUAGAUGACAAGAUAGUGCUGGGACGAGAUGAUUACACUCAUUGGUUAAAUGAGGGCAGUUCAAUCGAGUACAGGCUUAACUGAAUGAACAACAAAGGUGGAAUUUUAUUAAAUAGUUUCGGGAUUGGCCUCGUCUCGAACAGAAGAUCCUCAAAGCUAGAUGAUGUGAUGCCCCCCCACACACACACCUCCCGAAAACCCUGCACAGCUUAAUCAAGUGCAACUAAAGUAACUGAAAGGAAACAUCAUAUUAUUUUGACCCAGGUCUGUGUUUCACAUACAUUUGAAAGCCCACAAGCGAUCUGAUGGUGUGAGCUAUCAAUGCAUUCCAGAGAUAGAAUUUGGUGUUGCACCCUUGUAUGCAUGCACCAUCGUUAUGAAUUUAUGUACUUGCAUUGUUUGUGUACUUUAGGUAUGAAUUUUCCUACAGUAGGCUAUAUUUGUUUGCAUUAGCGUUUAAAUGCAUUUGUACUUUCCCUCUUAAUGUGUGCACAUUAAUCUCUUUGAGCCUCCAGCUGAGGCUCUUAGUCAUACAGUUAAUGCAGCCAUGCAGCUUCAUCUCAUCAGUACAGUACAUACUGCACAACACACACAAAUACACACUCCAUGCCAGCCUUGGGAGCAUCAGGCCCCAAUGUAGGUCACAGCAUAAGCCCAGGGGUUCUCUGGUCCUCCCAACACUCUCACACACACGUAUGGACUUGUACAUGGAACCCUAUUCAAAUAUUUGCUCAUUUAACUUCCAAACAGUAUCUACCUCAAACUCAUAUAUUAGCACUCACUCUGCACUUUGUUUUGAAAAGCUACCUAAUGUAAUCUAAGCAGCUGUCACUCAUGUCCCCAUGUAUUAGCUUACUUUUAUGGGUUGAAAAUGGUCCAGGUAAUGCGUGGCAUCUGGUGGCUUAGAACAUGUUUGUCAGCCACAAGUCUGAAGUUUCAUGUAUUUCCCUCAUGUACAGAAAAAACAACUGAUUGAGCAUUAGAUAGAUAGGUACUUUAUUUAUUCCCAGGGAAAUGUAAUUUAAGCUUCUCUCGGUCUCGAGCUCACUCGGGCUCUCUCUCUGCUUUCCCUCUCUCACUGUCUUUUUUUUGCUCUUUUCCUCACUCUCUUUUUCUCCCUCUCUAUCAAUCUACACCCCACCCUCCCUCCCUAUUAACCUCAUUAGGCCUAGUGAGUCACUUCUGAUAGCCCUAACGACUGUAAAUGCAACCAUGCUAGAUUCUAGGUUGACACUUCCUUCUAAGGACUUUCAAGGAGGGCCCUUUUAGAUACUCACUAGAAAGUGUAGAUUAGGUAGUCACUAGGCAAACAGACAUUAUGAUAGAGUGGCAUUUGUUGUCUGUUACUGUAUAUUUCAUAGCAAUAAUAUACUGUAGAUAUUAUAUCAUAUCAGAUGUUAAUGUUACAGCCCUUAUUUUCACUAUAAAUAUUCAUAUCUAAUAAAAUGUUCACUGUAAACAUUUCAUUGUAAUAAUCCAGUGUUUUUAGAGUUUUGUGCCUUUUUAGUUCUUCAAUAGGAUAGGAUUCUGUGACAUAGGAUUCUUUCGACAUGAGUUAGCCUGACAGUGUUUCAACUGAGUGUCAUGUCACAUGAUACAGACAUAAAGGAUCUGAUUCAUUUACAACAGUUUCCAACGUACUAUUAAUAAUAUUCCAGAGCAGUUAUUUUUUUCUCUCUCUCUGCCCUGUCAAAUGCAUAGAUAACUCUGUCAUCAGUGCAUCUUCUAUUAAAUCAUACGACUCCGCUGAAGAUGGACUAAUAAAUGAUGUGCGCAAAUGGACAACCAUUCAUAAGCAAGUUAUUAAGCUGAUAUGUGAAACAUAACAUUUUUUUCUUAACUAAGGUGUUUUCGCUGUGAUUUUAUCAUUUUAUUUCGGAUAAUUUGAGACCUGAGGCCAAUUUAUCUUCCUCGGCAGUACCCAAAAGUCAAACACAUUCCUUUUAAACCCAAUUUAUUCUGCCAAUUCAAAGAAAGUAAUGUAUACCGUUGGUCAAAUAUCUUGGAGCUACCUUUUGACACAGUGUUAGAAUAAUUGCCCUUCUCAUGUAAAGUAUUAUGUAUGUAUUGUGAUUUUGAAGUAGCUUUGGAGGAAACUUAAGUCUAUCAUGGUCACUCUCAUUAAAAUAGUCCAAAAUGCAACGGCUAUCCUCACCCGCCUUGCAGAAGCAGAACGUGCCACCUAUGAAGUCAGCAGUCCCCAACCCCCACCCUGAACACAUGUUAUACAUCCGCUGGGCACAGGCUGAGCAUAACACUGAGACACAGCUGAGAAUAGGGAGAGAAAGAGAGGGGGCACUGAAGUGGAAGUAUGAGUGAGCAUCAGAGAGAAGGACAGAAAUAGAGCGAUAAAGGAAUGAAUUGCAGAGGGAGGCUCAGAGAGAGAGAGAGCAAUGGUGGUGCACAUGGGUUUAUGGUAUUGUUGCAAGAGCCUUUUCUCUCAUUUUCUGUGGACAUGAACCUCACGUGGAUUUUGUUUUCUCAGACUCCCAGUGGAUUUCCCUGCAAUUCCUCCCUGGAUCUAAACAGCUGUUGAAGACUUGAAGACCAAACCAUGCCUUCUCUUCAUUGUAGCUUCAACAUGGGACCUUGACUGGGUUCCCUGGCUGGAUUCUUACUACCACGGAUACCUUUCACAAUUUUUUAUUUAACUCGAUCUUAGUCCAAAUGAGAUCAAAAUACCUAUUUUUCAAGGGAGACCUGACGACGAAGGAUGGCGCUAUGUGGCACCUCCACUAAGCACCACCCCACAGUGCAUGCUCUGCAGUGAAGAUUCCUCCAUGUGCUAUCUAUACUGACGUCCCUAAUCGUGGAUAGCCACUGACAGGUAUGGAGGAGACUGUGAGGAGCCUGCUACAGAACCAGGACACACUGGAGGGCCCCAGCAUGGAUCCACUGGACCUUAUGAAAGCCUACAAGAACAAACUCCUGGAGGAGAUGUGGAAACAGCAGAACAGUCUGGAGGGCCCAACACCCCCUUUGAUAGAUAGGAGGCCCAACUCUCCAGGAUGCAGCAGUAGGGGACAUGAGGAGGACUCCCACGAGGCCAAGCCCCUUCUAGAGCGACUACGGGCCCUGGAGGUGGAGAACUCUGCCUUGACGACGGAGAAUGACAACCAGAGGAAGCAGUAUGAACGUUGUCUGGAUGAGGUGGCUAAUCAGGUUGUUCAAGCACUCCUCACUCAAAAGGACCUAAAAGAAGAGUGUGUGAAGCUGAGGACACGCGUGUUUGACUUGGAGCAGCAGAACCGCAUACUGAACGUUCUGUUCCAGCAGCGGGUCAAAAUAUCCAGCAACCCUGUCUCCCAGGAGGUCCAACGGAAUGGGAAGGCAGGUGUUCCUGCAGUGAGGUGGCCCAGCCUGCUGAGUCUGACCUGUCCACGCAGUAGCUGCAGUGGCAGUGAGGCCUCCUUAUCCAGUGCCUGCAGUGAGUACUCCAGUGGCUCACAUACUUGGGCAGAAGGACGUGGCUCCACCAAGCAGUCUGCAAUAAAUCGAGAGAAGAGGAUGAGUGCAACUUAUUGCUCUGUCUCAGUAGAGCAGCCGGACCUAAGCUGGAAAGAGGGCCAUAUUCUGAAGGGCCUAAAGAGGCUCCAAAUGCGCAGCCCAGCUCCCCAGGAGCCAUCUUCACUUGCCUCCACGUCACAUUUCAAGAACUGCAUGACCUCCAACGAGGGCAUAUACUCUCUAGGAGUUAAGUGUGGUCCAAGAGGGGUACUGCCCGCAUUGGCAAAGGGAAAGCCUUUCAAGCCUGGAGCAGGAGUCAGUACCUUAAUCUCUGACUCAGACGAUGCAGAUGAUGAAUCGCCUCAAUCCCCAGUCAGGGAGUCCUGCUGCCCACCCAUCAAAGACACUCAUCAUCUGGAAGGACAGCCUGCGUCUGAAUUGGAAAUGGCACAAGGGGAAAAGAGCUUUACGGACUACAACUCCCAAGAGGAGCCUGUUAGACUCGUAAGAAGUCCCAGCAACUCCCUCUCACCUAUCAAAGACGUCUUCUUGUUCAAGGGUCCUACACUGAAGCCUGAACUGAGCCCAACGGCGACCCCUACCACUGUGAGUGAACUUGAGAAUACAAAUUGGAUAGAAAAAGACAAGCAGUCUGCCUUUACAAACUGGAAUGUUAUGGACAGUUGCAAUUUGAGGCCAGAGAGUGUUAAACAGCCACAAGAAAAAGUUACAGACAAACAACUGGAGACAGGGGCUAGGGAAGUGAGACAACCCAUUCAUCAUUCAGCAUCCAGGGUUAGUGAGGUCAGACAGCGCAGUGCUUCCAUGGAUACGAAGCAUUACAGAGAGCCGAACAGCCAGGGUGAAAUUGAUUCCAAGGUCUACAUCAUUUUGGAGUCCCGACAGAGGAAAGCAAAGCCUAAGGCCUGCAACUCAGCUAGGAAUGCCUUUUUCCUCCGAAGCAAGAGUGUGGACGGAGGCCCAGACCAGGACAAGCUGCACCAGCCUCUACAUCAGAAACUGAUAAAGGUCAAUCAAAGGUCCAAGAACCACUUGAACACUCCUGGGUCCAGUGGCCCUGGCACAAAGACUUACCUCAGCAAGGCACCUGGUCCAGCAAAAGCAUCAGUACAAAUAUUUGAGAAAGGUAAGAAUGCUACUGGUGCAAGAACUUCAGGGCCACUUGAGAAUAGGGUACAGAGCUCCCCUUCUUCUUCACCUCAGAAAUUGGUCAAGGUAUUUAAGCCACCUGGGCUGAAUGAUUACCCCAAGAGACCAUCUAAAGUAUCCCAACCAGUCUCCAAACUCACAUCAAGUGGAGCAAAAGCCCCCAACUCCAACAAUUCAGCCUGCUUUCCACUCAAACAGAGACAGCAAGACCAGCACUCCGAUCCACCUCGCAAUGAUAUCAGGUCCCUUUCUCCUCCACCCCCACCAGGUCGGACCACCUCCCUACUAAUACGAACUGAUCAUGACUCAUUACCUCAGGUGCAUAAGCCUGUGGUUCAGCCCCAAACCUCUAGCACCGUGAAGGCAACCACCAAUAGCACCAAACCUCAGUCAAGUCAUCAUUCAUCUAUUUUACAAAAGCAAGCUCAAGCCCCCAUCAAAAUGCAAGACACUCCUCAUAUGGAUCCCAAAAUGGGCUCUGAGAUGAAAAAGUCUCCGAAACGGGUCCCUACCAAAGUUCACCAUACCUUACCAACUUCUACCCCUAUUCAAGAAUCUAAGGAAACAGCCUAUUCCCACUCCUCACUGAGCUGGACUGUGGCACAAGCCUCUCAUCAGGAAAAUAGUGCCCCCUUUGUGGUGCCAAACCAGGGCUGUUUACCUGUGUCCCAGCAAAGCAAUGAUGAGCCACAAAGUACAGAGCUCUUACCUCAGGCCUCAGCAUCUCUUCUCUGCCAUGGCAUAGUUAGUAACUCUCAACAUUCUAUGACCAGGGUAGUGAAGUCAUCCAUUCUUUUUGGCUCCAAAACCAAUGAGUCAACCUCAAAGCCGGGCAACAACUCCACAGUUAACACUGCUACAAAGGGAGUGCAGACUUUUGAAAACCUCUACCAGGACACCUACACACGUCCAAUGAUGCACUGUGUCAAUGCAGCUGUAGCCAAGGUCAAUGCUAGGAGAAAUCUCAAGACCCGCUGUAGCUCACUAGAGGAGCCUACACUCCCACCUACAGCAGCAGAGAAUGGUGUAACUUUGGACUGGGGAUUUGAUGAAGAGGGCUGGCUAUUCAAGCGCUCAGUCUCAGUCUCUACCCGGCCUCCUAUCCACCCAGUUAUGGGCAUGAACGGAGCAAAGGCUCGCAGUCACAGCUUCGGAGCACGUUACAUGGACAGACCAAACGUCAGCAGGUCAGGAAAAGUCCGUACUCACAUCAAAACUAACUCAGGAAGCUCUUUGAACUCUCUUGGUGAUGUGUUUUGGGGUAGUAUGAGUUGCUCCAACAGCUACCAUUGUCCCAUGAACAGAUCCCACGUUAACAAUUUCAUGAUUGAGGAAGGCUUGCCACUACCUCCACAUCUGAGGGCUUCCAGUGAUCGAUUUGAUCUGAAACACAAGAGGUUAAACUCAACAUCACAUCUCCAGACUGACAAACAGCUCUCUAGCAUCUUCUGUGAACCCAUCCAUGGGGAACCAGAAAGGCAGUCCACCAUCGAGGAGAAGGUCAUGAUGGGAAUCAAGGAGAAUUUGCAGAAAUCUCAAGAGCAGGUGAAGACAACUGAAACUAAGCAGAAAUCCGUCUCAUCCCUGGCAAACUGGUUCGGAUUCCGCAAGAACAAGCUUCCUGCUCCGAGUGGCAAAAACGUAGAUACUCAAAAGGGAAAGGAGGAGAAGAAGGAGCCUAAGCUUGGAUCUCUAUUGGGUGGGAAGCAGGCAAAGUCCGACAAAAAGGAGAGGAGAAAAAGUGAAGGUCAUCGAAUGGACAGCUCGGUGGGGAAAAGAGACUCCCAAGAUGCAUUUCUCCUCUGCCUCUCGAUGGCCUCCCAGGGAGCCUCAGUUAACAGCAACAUGCAAGGACAAACUGGCAUCUGUGGGGACACAAAGACAAAAACACAGAGGAUGAACCUUAGGACUGAUAACGACAAUGGAGCUGCAUUAAAGAGCCCCAGUCAAGAUCACGUGAUCGGCUCCAGCUGCAAGAUGCGAACAUUGGACAGCGGCAUUGGAACGUUCACCCUCCUUGGUUCUUCCUCCUUCCUCCACUUCCUUCCCAAGUCCCCAUCGGCCCGGGGUCACUCCCUCAGCCCACCCACUGUGCCCAGUUCCUCUAGUGCAGAAGUGUCGCUCUCCCCAUUACCCAGGUGGAGAGUGCCUGCCGGCUCAAAGGACCAUCCCUGCAGCCAACCAGAGCUUGUCAACUCCUCGUCCAAUCAGUGCCUUAUCCCACUGUGGCCUUCCUUCAGCCCAUCCCAUCCCUGUCUGAGCCCCUUGUGACCUGUGCCAGUGUAUGUGAUACUCAGAGCAGGCUGCCCAGACUAGCCUCAGGUAAAGCCCAGAGAUAUCUUGUCCAGAGAUACAGUGCCUUCAGAAAGUAUUUGUACACCUUGAUUUAUUCCACAUUUUGUAGUGUUACAGACUGAAUUCAAAAUUGAUUAAAAAUAUUUUCUCUCACCCAUCUACACACAUGACCCCAUAAUGACAUAAUGUGUUUUUAGAAAUUGUAGCAAGUUUCGUGAAAAUUAAGUGCAGAAAUAUCUAAUUUACAUAAGUAUUCACACUCCUGAGUCAACUUUGUAGAAGCACCUUUGGCAGCGAUUACAGCUGUGAGUCUUUCUGGGUAAGUCUAAGAGCUUUCCACACCUGGAUUGUGCAACAUUUGCCCAUUAUUAUUUUCAAAAUUAUUCAAGCUCUGUCAAAUUGGUUGUUGAUCAUUACUAGACAACCAUAUUCAGAACUUGCCAUAGAUUUUCAAGCAGAUUUAAGGCAAAACUGUAACUCAGGGACAUUCAUGUUCUUCUGGUAAGCAACUCCAGUAUAGAUUUGGCCAUGUGUUUUAAGUUAUUGUCCUGUUGCAAGGUGAAUUAAUCUCCCAGUGUCUGGUGGAAAGCAGACUGAACCAGGUUUUCAUCUAGGAUUUUGCCUGUACUUAGCGCCAUUUUUUUUAUCCUGAAAGAAUCUCCAGUCCUUAAUGAUUAUAAGCUUACCCGUAACGUGAUGCAGCCACCACUAUGUUUGAACAUAUGUUUAUUUAUUUUUACCCGGGAAGUCAGUUAAGAACAAAUUAUUAUUUACAAUGACGGCCUAGAGUGCUACUCAGUAAUGUGGUGUAUUGGAUUUGCCCCAAACAGAACACUUUGUAUUCAGUACAAAAGUUAAUUGCUUUGCCACAUUGUUUGCAGUAUUACUUUAGUGUCUUGUUGCAAACAGGAUGCAUGUUUUAGAAGAUUUUUAUUCUGUGCAAGCUUCCUUUUCACUCUGUCAGUACUAUGGAGUAACUAUAAUGUUAUCCUAUCACAGCCAUUAAACGCUGACUUUUACCAUUGGCCUCAUGGUGAAAUCUCUGACCAGUUUGAUACACCAUCCAAAGUGUAAUUAAUAACAUAACCAUGUACAAAGGGAUAUUCAAUGUGUUUUUUUUUUUUCCUUCAGUCCACCAAAAGUGCCCUUCUUUGCGAGGAAUUGGAAAACAUCCCUGGUCUUUGUGUUUGAAAUUCAGAGCUUGACUGAGGGAUCUUAAAAGAUAAUUGUAU